AUGUACCAGAACGGCACUGUCAUGGUCCAGGGCAGUGAGGCUGAGUGCAGGACUUCCCCACCCUAAGGAAGAUACCGGAAACCAAAAAGGACAAGGACAGCUCCCCGACCUCUACCCUCACCUCAGACACUCCAACAGCAGGAGCCCAGGCCCAGACCUACACAACAGGUCUGUCCUCCCCCCUGCCUGCCUACGACCACCAGAGCCAAGACCACACUACCAUCAGCCUGCUGAGAGACGGGCUGGCUCUGUUAGAGGUAUGGGUUACUGAGCUAAAGGAGCAAGCCCCCCCAGCUACACCACCUCCAGCCCAGACACAGAGCUUCUACAGGACCAGAUCAACCAGUGCAGGACCCAGCUGAAGAACUCUGUCCAGGAGCUGAGAGAGAGCCUCACCACAGCGCUUGAGGAGGUAAAGGUCACCAUGAGGAGAGGGCCUCACCACAGAGCUUGAGGAGGUAAAGGUCACCAUGAGGAGAGGGCCUCACCACAGAGCUUGAGGAGGUAAAGGUCACCAUGAGGAGAGGGCCUCACCACAGAGCUUGAGGAGGUAAAGGUCACCAUGAGGAGAGGGCCUCACCACAGCGCUUGAGGAGGUAAAGGUCACCAUGAGGAGAGGGCCUCACCACAGAGCUUGAGGAGGUAAAGGUCACCAUGAGGAGAGGGCCUCACCAUAGCUCUUGAGGAGGUAAAGGUCACCAUGAGGAGAGGGCUAGUGCAGGUAAAGGAGGAGAUGGUAAAGGAGUUGUCUGUCAUCAAGAGGCUGCUGCAGCACAGAGAACAGACUCCUAGAGAGAAGCUGCAGCCCCUCACCUCCCCUAACACCCCCACUGACCCACCCUCACCCAUACCAACCACCCUAGUCAACAAGGAUGUUCACAUGGGGACACCUACUACAUUUUUUUACAUUUACAUUUUAGUCAUUUAGCAGACGCUCUUAUCCAGAGCGACUUACAGUUAGUGAGUGCAUACAUUUUUCAUACUGGCCCCCCGUGGGAAACGAACCCACAACCCUGACGUUGCAAGCGCCAUGCUCUACCAACUGAGCUACAGGGGAUGUGUUCCUUUGCGCAAUAUAUAUCUCCCCCCCCCCUCAGAAUCCCUGAGUGUAGGUUAUUUCCCUGACAUCUGGAAUCAAGGACUCAUAACCCCAAUCUUUAAGAACGGAGACAAAUUUGACCCUAACAAUUACAGAGGCAUUUGUGUGAACAGUAACCUGGGGAAGGUUUUCUGUAGUAUUAUAAAUGUAAGAGUCCUAAACUUCCUUAAUAAGCACAAUAUCUUGAGUAAAAGCCAAAUUGGAUUUAUAACAAAACAUCGCACGACCGAUCAUACAGUGGGGAAAAAAAGUACUUAGUCAGCCACCAAUUGUGCAAUUUCUUCCACUUAAAAAGAUGAGAGGCCUGUAAUUUUCAUCAUAGGUACACGUCAACUAUGACAGACAAAAUGAGAAGAAAAAAAUCAAUCAAAUCACAUUGUAGGAUUUUUAAUGAAUUUAUUUGCAGAUUAUGGUGGAAAAUAAGUAUUUGGUCAAUAACAAAAGUUUCUCAAUACUUUGUUAUAUACCCUUUGUUGGCAAUGACACAGGUCAAACGUUUUCUGUAAGUCUUCACAAGGUUUUCACACACUGUUGCUGGUAUUUUGGCCCUUUCCUCCAUGCAGAUCUCCUCUAGAACAGUGAUGUUUUGGGGCUGUCGCUGGGCAACACGGACUUUCAACUCCCUCCAAAGAUUUUCUAUGGGAUUGAGAUCUGGAGACUGGCUAGGCCACUCCAGGACCUUGAAAUGCUUCUUACGAAGCCACUCCUUCGUUGCCCGGGCGGUGUGUUUGGGAUCAUUGUCAUGCUGAAAGAUCCAGCCAUGUUUCAUCUUCAAUGCCCUUGCUGAUGGAAUGAGGUUUUCACUCAAAAUCUCACGAUACAUGGCCCCAUUCAUUCUUUCCUUUACACGGAUCAGUCGUCCUGGUCCCUUUGCAGAAAAACAGCCCCAAAGCAUGAUGUUUCCACCCCCAUGCUUCACAGUAGGUAUGGUGUUCUUUGGAUGCAACUCAGCAUUCUUUGUCCUCCAAACACAACGAGUUGAGUUUUUACCAAAAAGUUAUAUUUUGGUUUCAUCUGACCAUAUGACAUUCUCCCAAUCCUCUUCUGGAUCAUCCAAAUGCACUCUAGUAAACUUCAGAUGGGCCUGGACAUGUACUGGCUUAAGCAGGGGGACACGUCUGGCACUGCAGGAUUUGAGUCCCUGGCGGCGUAGUGUGUUACUGAUGGUAGGCUUUGUUACUUUGGUCCCAGCUCUCUGCAGGUCAUUCACUAGGUCCCCCCGUGUGGUUCUGGGAUUUUUGCUCACCGUUCUUGUGAUCAUUUUUGACCCCACGGGGUGAGAUCUUGUGUGGAGCCCCAGAUCGAGGGAGAUUAUCAGUGGUCUUGUAUGUCUUCCAUUUCCUAAUAAUUGCUCCCACAGUUGAUUUCUUCAAACCAAGCUGUUUACCUAUUGCAGAUUCAGUCUUCCCAGCCUGGUGCAGGUCUACAAUUUUGUUUCUGGUGUCCUUUGACAGCUCUUUGGUCUUGGCCAUAGUGGAGUUUGGAGUGUGACUGUUUGAGGUUGUGGACAGGUGUCUUUUAUACUGAUAACAAGUUCAAACAGGUGCCAUUAAUACAGGUAACGAGUGGAGGACAGAGGAGCCUCUUAAAGAAGAAGUUACAGGUCUGUGAGAGCCAGAAAUCUUGCUUGUUUGUAGGUGACCAAAUACUUAUUUUCCACCAUAAUUUGCAAAUAAAUUCAUUAAAAAUCCUACAAUGUGAUUUUCUGGAUUUUUUUUCUCAUUUUGUCUGUCAUAGUUGACGUGUACCUAUGAUGAAAAUUACAGGCCUCUCUCAUCUUUUUAAGUGGGAGAACUUGCACAAUUGGUGGCUGACUAAAUACUUUUUCCCCCCACUGUAUUUACACCCUACACACCCUGAUAGAUAAACAUGUCCACCAAAAUAAUACCCUUCGCCAGGGUUGCAAUCUGAGCCCUGCACUCCUCAAUAUUUACAUCAACGAAUUGGCCACUAUUCUAGAAAAAUCUCCAGCCCCUGGUGAUAGUCUCCACAAUACAGAGGUUAAAUGCCUGCUCUUGGCAGAUGACCUAUUCCUGCUGUCACCCACAGCACAUGGCCUACAGCAGAGCCUGGACCUGCUAGAGCAGUACUGCCAGACCUGGGCCCUGGCAGUAAACCCCAAAAAUACUAAAAUAAUGAUUUUCCAGAGAAGAUCCAGAUCUCAAUUGGUACAAAAUAUAUAGAGUACUGCACACACUACAAUUACUUAGGUUUACAAAUAAGCUCAACUGGACACCUUAAUGAUGCAGUGAAUGAACAGAGAGAGAAAACACACACGGCAUUCGACGCCAUUAAAAAACAAAUUCAAAUUCAAAUACCUAUUCAAAUUUGGCUAAAACGAAUUGAAUGUGUCAUUCAACCAAUUGCACUUUAUGGCAGCGAGGUGUGGGGUCCACUUGCAAAACAAGAUUUCACCAAAUGGGACAAACACCCCAUUGAAACCCUGCAUGCAGAGUUCUGUAAGAUUAUCCUACAUGUCCAGAGGAAAACUACAAACAAUGCAUGCAGGGCAGAAUUAGGCCAAUAUCCACUAAUAAUAAAAACAAAAAACAGAGCAAUUACAGUGCCUUGCAAAAGUAUUCAUCCCCCUUGGCGUUUUUCCUACUUUGUUGCAUUACAACCUGUAAUUUAAAUGGAUUACUAUUUGGAUUUCAUGUAAUGGACAUACACAAAAUAGUCAAAAUUGGUGAAGUGAAAUGAAAAAAAUAACUUGUUUAAAGAAAUUCUCAAAAAUAAAUAACGGAAAAGUGGCGCGUGCAUAUGUAUUCACCCCCUUUGCUAUGAAGCCCCUAAAUAAGAUCUGGUGCAACCAAUUACCUUCAGAGGUCACAUAAUUAGUUAAAUAAAGUCCACCUGUGUGUAAUCUAAGUGUCACAUGAUCUCAGUAUAUAUACACCUGUUCUGAAAGGCCCCAGAGUCUGCAACACCACUAAGCAAGGGGCACCACCAAACAGGUCAGGGAGAAAGUUGUGGAGAAGUACAGAUCAAGGGUUGGGUUCAAAAGAAAAUACUGUUGUCCCAUUGACAAUAUUGAUUAUUAUUAUUUUAAUUAUGUUAAUAGUGUAAAUAUCGAAAGUAAGCUUUGGCAAUAUGUACAUUGUUACGUCAUGCCAAUAAAGCAAAUUUAAUUGAAUUUAUUUGAGAGAAAGAGUGGAGAGAGAGAGAGAUAUAGAGCGGGGAGAGAGAGCGAGAGUGGGGAGAGAGAGCGAGAGUGGGGAGAGAGAGCGAGAGUGGGGAGAGAGAGAGAGAGUGCGGGGAGAGAGAGAGAGUGCGGAGAGAGAGAGAGUGCGGAGAGAGAGCGCGAGAGUGGGUGCCCUCUAGGUUACAGAGAGCUGGUAGUCCCAUCCAACAAACUUCCAGGUGUGAAACAGGGAAGGGACUCAGGGGGUAUGCUAAUUUGGUAUACAGCAGACCUAACUCACUCUAUUAAAUUAAUCAAAACAGGAAUAUUUUACAUUUGGUUAGAAAUUCAAAACAAAAUUAUCGCAACAGAGAAAAAUGUCCUCCUGUGUGCUACCUAUAUCCCCCCACUAGAGUCCCCAUACUUUAAUGAAGACAGCUUCUCCAUCCUGGAGGGGGAAAUCAAUCAUUUCCAGACCCAGGGACAUGUAGUCUGUGGCGACCUAAAUGCCAUAACUGGACAAGAACCUGUCACCCUCAGCACACAGGGGGACAAACACCUACCUUGAGGUGACAGCAUUCCCUCCCCCAUUUGCCCCCCUAGGCACAACUACGACAACAUAACCAACAAAAACGGAUCACAACUCCUGCAGCUCUGUCGCACGCUGGGUAUGUACAUAGUCAAUGGUAGGCUUCGAGGGGACUCCUAUGGUAGGUACACCUACAGCUCAUCUCUUGGCAGUAGUACUGUAGACUACUUUAUCACUGACCUCAACCCAGAGUCUCUCAGAGCGUUCACAGCCAGCCCACUGACACCCCUAUCAGACCACAGCAAAAUCACAGUCUACUUGAACAGAGCAAUAAUCAAUCAUGAGGCAUCAAAGCCAAAAGAGCUGAAUAAUAUUAAGAAAUGCUAUAGAUGGAAGGAAAGUAGUGUCGAAACCUACCAAAAAACAAUUAGGCAACAACAAAUUCAAUCCCUUUUAGACAACUUCCUGGACAAAACAUUCAACUGUAAUAGUGAAGGUGUAAACUUCAGUAUAUUUGACCUCUCAGCUUCCCUAUCAAAUCAAAAAGUAACAACAAUGACAAAUGGUUUGAUGAAGAAUGCAAAAACCUAAGAAAGAAAUUGAGAAACCUAUCCAACCCAAAACAUAGAGACCUAGAAAACCUGAGCCUACGCCUUCACUAUGGUGAAUCACUAAAACAAUACAGAAAUACACUACGGAAAAAGAAGGAACAGCAUGCCAGAAAUCAGCUCACUGUAAUUGAAGAAUCCAUAGACUCUAACCACUUCUGGGAAAAUUGGAUAACACUAAACAAACAACAACACGAAGAGCUAUCUAUCCAAAACGGAGACGUAUGGGUAAACCACUUCUCCAAUCAUUUUGGCCCUAUAACAAAGAACAAACAGCAAAAAAAAUAUACAUGAUCAAAUACAAAUCUUAGAAUCAACUAUUAAAGACUACCAGAACCCACUGGAUUAUCCAAUUACAUUGAAUGAACUACAGGACAAAAUACCAACCCUCCAACCCCAAAAGGCCUGUGGUGUUGAUAGUAUCCUCAAUGAAAUGAUAAAAUAUACAGACCACAAAUUCCAAUUGGCUAUACUUAACUCUUUAACAUUGUUGAUUUCAAAAAAGCUUUUGACUCAAUUUGGCAUGAGGGUCUGCUAUACAAAUGAAUGGAAAGUGGGGUUGGGGGAAAAACAUACGACAUUAUAAAAUCCAUCUACACAAACUAUUUAUUUCCACAGGGCCGUGGGGUGAGACAGGGAUGCAGUUUAAGCCCUACCCUCUUCAACAUAUAUAUCAACAAAUUGGCGAGGGCACUAGAACAGUCUGCAGCACCCAGCCUCACCCUACUAGAAUCUGAAGUCAAAUGUCUACUGUUUGCUGAUGAUCUGGUGCUUCUGUCACCAACCAAGGAGUGCCUACAGCAGCACCUAAUCUUCUUCACAGAUUCUGUCAGACCUGGGCCCUUACAGUAAAUCUCAGUAAGACAAAAAUUAUGGGGGUUCCAAAAAAGGUCCAGUUGCCAGGACAACAAAUACAAAUUCCAUCUAGACACCGUUGCCCUAGAGCACACAAAAAACUAUACAUACCUUGGCCUAAACAUCAGCGCCACAGGUAACUUCCACAAAGCUGUGAAGUCAAGAAGGGCCUUCUAUGCCAUCAAAAGGAACAUAAAAUUCGACAUACCAAUUAGGAUCUGGCUGAAAAUACUUGAAUCAGUUAUAGAACCCAUUGACCUUUAUGGUUGUGAGGUCUGGGUCCGUUCACCAACCAAGAAUUCACAAAAUGGGACAAACACCAAAUUGAGACUCUGCAUGCAGAAUUCUGCAAAAAUAUCCUCUGUGUACAACGAAAAACACCAAAUAAUGCAUGCAGAGCAGAAUUAGGCCGAUACCCGCAUUUAUCAAAAUCCAGAAAAGAGCUGUUAAAUUCUAUAACCACUUAAAAGGAAGCGAUUCCCAAACCUUCCAUAACAAAGCCAUCACCUACAGAGCGAUGAACCUGGAGAAGAGUCCCCUAAGCAAGCUGGUGCUGGGGCUCUGUUCACAAACACAAACAGACCCCACAGAGCCCCAGGACAACAACAACAACACAAUUAGACCCAACCAAAUCAUGAGAAAACAAAAAGAGAAUUACUUGACACAUUGGAAAGUACAAACAAAAAAACAGAGCAAACUAGAAUGCUAUUUGGCUCUAAACAGAGAAUACACAGUGGCUGAAUACCUGACCACUGUGACUGACCCAAACUUAAGGAAAGCUUUGACUAUGUACAGACACAGUGAGCAUAGCCUUGCUAUUGAGAAAGGCCGCCGUAGGCAGACCUGGCUCUCAAGAGAAGACAGGCUAUGUGCACACUGCCCACAAAAUGAGGUGGAAACUGAGCUGCACUUGUAUGACCGUAUUAGAGACACAUAUUUCCCUCAGAUUACAGUGAUCCACAAAGAAUUCAAAAACAAAGCCAAUUUUGAUAAACUCCCUUAUCUGUGGUCCUCUGUAGCUCAGCUGGUAGAGCACGGCGCUUGUAACGCCAAGGUAGUGGGUUCGAUCCCCGGGACCACCCAUACACAAAAAAAAUUUAUGCACGCAUGACUGUAAGUCGCUUUGGAUAAAAGCGUCUGCUAAAUGGCAUAUUAUUAUUAUUAUUAUUUAUCUACUGUGUGAAAAACCAGUGUGUCAUCACAGCUGCAAGACUUGUGACCUGUUGCCACAAGAAAAGGGCAACCAGUGAAGAACAAACACCAUUGUAAAUACAACCCAUAUUUAUGUUUAUUUAUUUUCCCAUUUGUACUUUAACUAUUUGCACAUUGUUACAACACUGUAUACAGUUGAAGUCGAAAGUUUACAUACACUUAGGUUGGAGUCAUUAAAACUCGUUAUUCAACCACUCCACACAUUUCUUGUUAACAAACUAUAGUUUCGGCAAGGCGGUUAGGACAUCUACUUUGUGCAUGACAAGUAAUUUUUCCAACAAUUGUUUACAGACAGAUUAUUUCACUUAUAAUUCACUGUAUCACAAUUCCAGUGGGUCAGAAGUUACAUACACUAAGUUGACUGUGCCUUUAAAAAAGCUUGGACAUUCAGAAAAUGAUGUCAUGCUUUAGAAGCUUCGUAUUAGCUAAUUGCCAUCAUUUGAUCAUUGGGAGUGUGGUACCCUUGCUGUAUUUCACAGCCUACCCUUCAAAACUCAGAGUGUCCUCUGUUGCUUGACAUCAUGGGAAAAUCAAAAGAAAUCAGGCCAAGACCCUCAGAAAAAAAAUUGUAGACCUCCACAUCGGUUCACCUUUGGAGUCAAUUCCAAACAUCUGAAGGUACACUUUCAUCUGUCAAACAAUAGUAAGCCAGUAGAAAGACCAUGGGGACCACGCAGCCGUCAUAACCGCUCAGGAAGGGAGACGCGUUCUGUUGCCUAUAGAGAACUACUUUGGUGCGAAAAUGGCAAUCAAUCCCAGAACAACACAAAGGACCCUGUGAAGAUGCUGGAGGAACAGGUACAAAAGUAUCUAUAAUCCACAGUAAAACGAUUCUAUAUUCGACAUAACUUGAAAGGCCGCUCAGCAAAGAAGAAGCCACUGCUCCAAAACCGCCAUAAAAAAGCCAGACUACGGUUUGCAACUGCACAUGGGGACAAAGAUCGUACUUUUUGGAGAAAUGUCCUCUGGUCUGAUGAAACAAAAAUAUAACUGUUUGGCCAUAAUGACCAUCGUUAUAUUGGAGGAAAAAGGGAGUUCCUUGCAAGCCGAAGAACACAUCCAAACCGUGAAGCACGGGGGUAACAGCAUCAUGCUGGGGGGGUGCUUUUGCUGCAGGAUGGACUGGUGCACUUCACAAAUAGAUGGAAUCAUGAGGAAAUAAAAUUAUGUGGAUAUAUUGAAGCCAACAUCUCCAACAUCAGUCAGGAAGUUUAAAUCUUAGUCGCAAAUGGGUCUUCCAAACAUUAUUGGAACACCAUUAUUUUUUGUCUUACUGAGAUUUACUGUCAGCAUACUUCCAAAGUUGUGGCAAAAUGUCUUAAGGACAACAAAGUCAAGGUUUGGAGUGGCCAUCACAAGCCCUGACCUCAAUCCUAUAGAACAUUAGUGGGCAGAACUGAAAAAGCGUGUGCGAGCAAGGAGGCCUACAAACCUGACUCAGUUACCAACACCAGCUCUGUCAGGAGGAAUGGGCCAAAAUUCACCCAACUUAUUGUGGGAAGCUUGUGGAAGGCUACCCGAAACGUUUGACCCAAGUUAAACAAUUUAAAGGCAAUGCUACCAAUACUAAUUGAGUGUAUGUAAACUUCUGACCCACUGGGAAUGUGAUGAAAUAAAUAAAAGCUGAAAUAAAUCAUUCUCUCUCUAUAUUAUUCUGACAUUUCACAUUCUUAAAAUAAAGUGGUGAUCCUAACUGACCUAAGACAGGGAAUUUUUACUAGGAUUAAAUGUCAGGAAUUGUGAAAAACUGAGUUUAAAUGUAUUUGGCUAAGGUGUAUGUAAACUUCCGACUUCAACUGUACGUACAAAAUAUGACAUUUGAAAUGUAUUUAUUCUUUUGGAACUUCUGAGUGUAAUGUUUACUGUUAAUAUUUAUAUUUAGUUCACUUUUGUUACUAUCUACUUCACUUGCUUUGGCAAUGUUAACAUACGUUUCCCAUGCCAAUAAAGCCCUUAAAUUGAAAUUAAAUUGAUUGAAUAGAGAGAAGAGAGAGGAAGAGAGAGAGGAGAUUAAGAAAGGGACAAGAGUCGGAUCUCUUUUCUCGUUCCGCUAUCCUCCCUAUUUUUCCCUUGCUUAAUCUCUCAAAGACAAUUUUAAACCCCCCCUUUUUUUUCCGCAUAGAUAUAGCCAACUAGAGAGCCAGAAGAUCACCUAAGCAUACAGAAGAGACAAGACCAGAGACAGAUACCAGCAGAAAGAGGAUAAUACUAGACCAGAAUGGUAGCGCACCCAUAAAAAAAGAGUAUACGAAGAUAGAACAAAAUAUAGAUAGAGACAUAGCAGGAGAGACGAUCGAGAGAUAGACAUAGCAGAGGACAACGAGAUAGCCCCACGAAAUACUAGACAAAGACAAGAACAUAGAGAGAGAUAAGAGAAGAGAAAGAGAGAGAUUGUACUGAGCAGAAGACCUUUUUUCUCUUAGGCACAAUCUUACACAGAAAUUUUGGUUUCCCUUUGUAAGAACUAAAUAAAUUGUCUCUAUCGUUUUAGGUACAGCCAGACAGAUACAGGCCAUCCACAUACCUGUAAGUCUACCUGUUGUUAGGUCAAUACAGAGGCCAUCCACAUACCUGUCAAAAUCACUACUGAUGUCUGAGGUCUCUUCCAUCCUCUGGUGAUGGCCAGAGUCAAGUCCCAAGUCCUAUCCACAUAGGACAAUAAGAAUAUCCUAAGUACUUCUUCCUGUCACCUCAGAAUGGGUUCAGCUAAUCCAAAGCACAGAUAGGAUCACCAUGUGUUAGGACAAACAGAAUUGAUAACGGCUGUGUUCCAUUACAUCAAGCACAUGACUAGAGCAUGUCAACGGAGGUCCAGAUCUAGAUGAAAUCCAUCUGGGUUCAGUCAGUGUCCCUCAGCUGAACAGGUUAGCAUGGGUUGGUGGGAUAUGAUAUCCCAUACCAAUUAUACAUGGAAUCCUGUCCUCACUGUUAACUCCAGCAACAGUAACCUGGAAUCCUGUCCUCGCUGUUAACUCCAGCAACAGUAACCUGGAAUCCUGUCCUCACUGUUAACUCCAGCAACAGUAACCUGGAAUCCUGUCCUCACUGUUAACUCCAGCAACAGUAACCUGGAAUCCUGUCCUCACUGUUAACUCCAGCAACAGUAACCUGGAAUCCUGUCCUCAGGUAAUUCUCACGCCUCCUUCUUGUUAGUUUCCCUCCCUUCCCCCUCAAGUCCACCCUCCCAGAGAACUGCUGGGUCCAAAGUCUGAAGUUAUGCAACUACUCCUCAGUCUUCUGAUCCCACAGUGGUAGGCUGGCAGGCAGUGGUAGACUGGUAGAUAGUGGUAGACAGGUAGAUAGUGGUAGACUGGUAGAUAGUGGUAGCCUGGUAGAUAGUGGUAGCCUGGUAGAUAGUGGUAGCCUGGUAGAUAGUGGUAGACUGGUAGAUAGUGGUAGACUGGUAGAUAGUGGUAGACUGAAAGACAGUGGUAGCCUGGUAGAUAGUGGUAGACUGAAAGACCAGUGGUAGCCUGGUAGAUAGUGGUAGCCUGGUAGAUAGUGGUAGACUGGUAGAUAGUGGUAGACUGGUAGAUAGUGGUAGACUGAAAGACAGUGGUAGCCUGGUAGAUAGUGGUAGCCUGGUAGACAGUGGUAGACUGGUAGACUGGUAGAUAGUGGUAGACUGGUAGAUAGUGGUAGCCUGGUAGAUAGUGGUAGACAGGUAGACAGUGGUAGAUAGUGGUAGGCUGGUAGAUAGUGGUAGACAGUGGUAGAUAGUGGUAGACAGUGACACAUCCUACGGUACAGCAGUCAGUCAGUCAGUCAGUGUGUUGUAUGGUCCAGGUGUUUGCCCAGUGGUACCGUAGCUACCUGAACCCUCCUGGACUACAGAGUCAUUCAGUGUUUAGACUUUACUGAGUCAACACUGCCCUGACUAGCCUAACCUUCCUACUGCAGCCUCACAUUACCAACACUGCUGGCCUGAACACUGGACAUAAGGGAAGCUUUGUCAUAUUCUCUCUCUCUCUCUCUCUCUCUCUCUCUCUCUCUCUCUCUCUCUCUCUCCAACCUCAUCGCUCUCCUCUCUUCUCUCUCUCUCGCUCUACCUCUUUCUCUCUCUCCUCGCUGUCUCUCUCCUUCCCACAUCUCAUGGACUCUGGCUUCAAUUUAAAUAGCAUCCUGCCAUCCUCUGUUGCUGGCGUUUUCCUCCCUCCCCUCCCCCUCCCAGUCUGUAACAAUAGAGAUCAAGAGAUGAAGGGAGAGAGAGAGAGGCAGGGAGGAGAGCUAAUGCUGAGAGAAGGAGGAGAAAGAGGAGGAUGAGGAAGGUAGGAGACGAGAGGAAGCGGAGAGACGAUCCCCGCUCUGGAUGGAUAGAUCUCUCAGCGUAUGUAGCAUAUAGCAGCAGGAUGAGGCUUAUCUUGCUUCUCUCCUCUCUCUCCUUCUCUCGUCUCUCGUCCUAGUCUCUCUCGCCUUCCUUGCUCUUCGCUCUCUUCUGCUCUCUCUUCGUAUGCGCUCUCUCCGCUCUGCUCUUCCUCUCUCUCUCCGUCCGUCUUCGCCUUUCUCUCAUCUCUCUCUUCCUUUUCUCUCUCUCUCUCUUCCUCUUCUCUCUCUCCGCUUCUCUUCGCUUUCCGCUCUUCUCUCGCUUCGCUCUCUCUCUCGGUUCCGUUCUCUCGCGUUUGUCUCUUCCGUUCUCUCUCCUCUCUUCCUUUCUCCGCGCUCUUCCUUCUCUCUCUCUCUCUUCCGUUUCUGCUCUCCUCCGUCCUUGUCGCUCUUCGCUCCGCUGCCUUUCUCCUCUCUCUCGCGCCGGCCUCUCUCUCUCUCUCUCGUCCUCUUCUCUCGCUCGUCGCGCCUCUCUCUACGCCGCUUGUGCAGCAUGAGGUCUCAGCAGAGGUUCAGGUGUUCCAGAGUAGAGGGAUGAGAGAACAGAAAAAGAGAGACCUCUUUACUCUACAGCCUCCCAGUCAGCCAGCCAGCCAGUCAGUUAGUCAGGCAGGUGAACCAGAGACCCAGUGUAGUGUAGUCCAGGGUUAG